AUGUCGUCUCCAAAGCUCGACCAAACACCAUACACUAUCGACACGCUUCCCUACGGCGUGAUCUCCACCUCGACGGAACCCUCACCUCGCUGCGCUGUAGCCAUCGGCGAACAUGCCAUUGACCUGGCCAAAUACGCAAAGACAGGCGCCUUCUCAAGCCUCGAAACAGGCCAAGAUCUCACUUUCGAACAAAUCUUCUCUCAACCUGCCCUAAACACCUUCGCCGCCCUCCCCUGGCCCACCCGCCGCACCAUCCGCUCCCAAAUCCAAGAAUCCCUCAAAGCCAACAAACUCCCCUCCUCCACCCUCACCCCCCUCAAAGAUGUCCGCCCCCACCUCCCCAUGUCCAUCCCGGGCUUCUCCGACUUCUACACUUCCCUCGACCACUGCAAGAACUGCUCCGGCGAACUCACCACCGCCAACAUCCCCUCCAACUGGUUCAUCACCCCCUCCGUCUACAACUCCCGCGUCUCCUCCCUCCUCCCCACCCCCUCCACCAUCCCGCGCCCCGUCAACGUCUCCUUCACCGCCGGCCUCGACAGCGCCCCCGUCUACGGCCCGUCCAAGAAACUCGACUUCGAGCUCGAAAUGGGCUACUUCGUCUCCCGCCCCAUCCCCUACGGCUCCACGCUCCCGAUCGCGGACGCGAAACAACACAUCUUCGGCUUCGUCCUCCUGAACGACUGGUCCGCGCGCGACCACCAGAUGUUCGAAAUGCGUCCGCUAGGACCUUUCCACUCCAAGGGCUUCGGCACGAGUAUCUCCAACUGGAUCGUGCCGAUGGAGGCGCUGGAGCCCUUCGCCACGGCGCCGACGCUGGUGCAGGAUCCGAAGCCUUUUGCGCAUUUGACGUGGCCGGCUAGCGAGAGGGAUGCAGGUGCGUUGGACGUCAAGCUGCGCGUCCGUCUGGUGCGAGACGGGAACGAAACGACCCUGUCCACCUCUAACCUCAAGUACAUGUACUGGACGCCGUACCAGCAACUGACGCACCACGCGGCGUCUGGGUGUGGGAUGGCCGUUGGGGAUCUCAUCGGGACUGGCACGAUUUCUGGGAGUGGCAGGGAUGGCGAGGGGAGGAUGAAUGAGUUGGGGUGUAUGUAUGAGGCGGAGAGGACGAAGACGGAUGUCAUGCCGCAGGGGGCUGGGGAGUAUUUGGCGGAUGGGGAUGAGGUUGUGUUGGAGGGGUGGUGUGAGAGGGAUGGGAGGGUCGUGGUGGGGUUUGGGGAGUGUAGGGGGAGGGUUGGGCCCGCGAGGGGGUAG